AUGGGGCGAAUUUUGUUGGCGUUUUGCUUGAUCAUUGUGUGGAGCAGCAUCGAUGCAUCGCUUCUGGGAUACAAACGAAAAGAUCCGAUGUUCGAUUGGUCGAAAAUGCAAGGCAAAAGCGGAAAGGAAGUGCUGGAUGCAUUCAAAUUAUUCAAGACAAAAUUCAAAAAAUCGUAUAAAUCCGCCGAAGAAGAGACGUUCCGAAUGAACAUCUUCAUUGAGAAUCACAAUAAAAUUGUGAAGCUUAAUGAAGAGGCUAGAAGGAAUAAUGAGAGUGUGGUGUAUGGUGUGAACAAGUUCAACGAUUGGACUGAUGAUGAGUUCCGCUCAUUAUUCCGAAAAGGGCCGUCAACGUUCGAUCACGAAUUCCCGAGAUAUGAUCCGAUUAGUCAUAAACUCGUCAACAGCACAAGAAGCAAACGACAAGUCAGACUCCCACCAAGAGUCGAUUUGCGAGAAGUCAAAAUUAAUGGCAAUUAUAUUCUUCCUGAAGUCAAAGAUCAAGGGCAUUGUGGAUGUUGUUGGGCUUUUGCCGCUGUUGCCGUCGCUGAAACGGCUAACGCUCUUGUGAACGGUGGAAAAAUGACGUACCUAUCCGAUCAGGAAGUUUGCGAUUGCGCCAAUGGUUACUCGCCAGGAUGUUUCGGAGGUCACGCUUUUGAAGGGCUCAAAUUCGCAUACACUCGAGGAUUAACCAGCGAAUACAGAUAUCCGUAUGAUGAUGGACGUGCGAACUACACGGGAAUGUGCCGACGGAUAAAACCGGUGAUGAAGCUGAGAAGAUAUUUCUCGUUUACCCCUCGUCAUCCAACUAAGACACUUUUCGAAAUCAAGGACAGCCUCAAUUAUGUUCAAACUCCGAUCGCCGUUUCUUUCGAAAUUGGAGACAAAUUCCGUUAUUACAAGGAGGGCUAUUUGGUUCACGAGGAUUGUAAAGAUAUGGAUGAGCCACUCUAUCAUUCGGCCAACAUUGUCGGAUAUUUCAGCGAUUGGGAGCGUGGCCGUUUAUAUGAUUUCUAUAUUCUCCGCAAUUCUUGGGGUUACCGUUGGGGAGACGGCGGAUACGUUUAUGUAGCCGCUGGUCGUAAUUGGUGCGGAAUUGAGGAUGAACCACUCAGCGGUGAAAUGCGUCCAGCGAGCUAUUAUCGAAAUAAUUAUUAA